AUGAUCAGCACUAAAGAUUCUAAAUAUUCGAAAGAUUUAGUAUGUAAAGAAGCCUGUAAUGCAUGGAAUAAAAUUAAAAGAAAGCCAAAACACAAAAUUGAAAAUACUAUAGAACACCUUAUUAUAAAUGCUGCCUCUACUAUCCAAUAUUUAAAUCCUGUUCAAUAUUUCAAUACUGCUACUUCAACUCAAGAUAGAAUAAUUAAGAAAAUCAUUGUUCCUAGUGAACCAUCACCAAAUGCCAUAGCACAAAAGAUAGCAAAAGAAAUUAUUAAUAAAAUGAAUGAAGAAAUCGCAAAGUAUCAAGAAGAUUAUAAUUCGACAACUGAUCCUGAGGCUAAACAUGAGCUAAUAGAUCGUAUACAAGACCUUAAACAACAAGUUGUAAAGUAUGACUCGCCUGGGCAUUCCCCUCUUUUGCACAAAUACCUGGACUUACUAGAACACAUUUACAAGAGCAUAGAGUUCAGGGCUGCUAAUAGCAAAAGGAGAAAAGAAGUUAUUAAUAUUCGAACAAUAAAUUACAUAAAAGAAGAACUAGAGUUGAAAUACAAUAAAUAUCUUUCCCAAACUGCUAUAAACAAUUACCUACUAUCAUAUUAUUCAAACUCAAUAGAAGCAAAAAAUCACUACUAUCCAACUAAUAUUCAGGUCACAACUGUCUCAAGAAAUGAAAGGGCAGAUCAUCCAGAUGUUUAUUAUUGUUUUGCUUCUGUAAAGGCAGCAAGACAAUUUGCAGCCCUAUUUCCAACCUUUUUGGCAAUUGUGUCACAAGAUGAUAAAGCCAAGGUUCUUCUCAGCAUUCCUGCAAUUGGAAAAAGUUUUAAAGCCAUACAAAGUAAUAAUAAGCCAGUUACUGUUCUGAACCACGACUUUCCUGCUGGUUCACAACAGAAACUUAUUCCAUCUGUUUAUUUAAUCAUCGAUCCAAGUGAUACAAAUAAUACACUUCAUAGAGGCCAAAUGUCAAUAUACAUCUGUCCACAAUAUGAAAUAGAAACAAGCUCAAAAACUCAUAUGAAUGAUCUAUAUUCUUUAAUGAAUAAUAGCAGUUUCAACAAUAUGUUAAAGGUUGAUAAUAAAAUCAGACCCAUAUGGGUUCUUCUUGUAGAUGAAAACCCUGAUGAAAAUUCCCAUUACCUAAAAAAUAUCUCUCACUAUUGUGACAUCUUUUGCUCUUUUGAUCUCAAUUAUUUGAUCAUUAGAACUCAUGCUCCAGGUUACUCAGCAUACAACCUUGUUAAAAGGAGUAUAGCAUCCCUUUCAACAAAACUAGCAAGUAUAGUCCUGCCUGUUAACAAAUAUGGCACCUAUCUUGACUCACAGAGUAAAAAGUGGGACAAAAUAUUUGAAAAGCCAGUCAUGGCUAAAUACAUUGAUAUGAUAAAUAUUUUGAUUUUAGAUAUUAUAUCUUGGGAAUGGAUAGAGAUCCAUGUAAGGGUCUGCAGAUACUCUUUAGAUGUAAAGAAAUGUAAUAAUAUCAAAUGUUGCUUUCCUAAAAGAUGUAAAGAGGCUGCUAACCUUCUUGUUUCAUAUAAUGGUUUCUUCUCCUCUUUAGUAAUGGGGAAAGAUGGUUACUAUAUUAAUUCAAUACAUCUAUUAGAGUAUCUUGACAAGGAAAAAAUACUAGGGCCAAAAAAAGAUGAAACAAUGGCAAAAGAAAUUUUUCCGAUUAAAUGUAGACCUGAAAGGCCAAAAAAUACUGAAACAACAGCAAAAAAGCAAAAAACCAAAUAA